CCUUUACAAAGUAUUGAUUGGCAGGUUAUUAAAUAAACCCUGAACAGGGACAGUAAACUAUUCCAAAGUUUAGAGUCCAAAGCAGCAAUGAAGCCGACUGUGAUUUUGAUGCUGUUUCUAUGGAGCUUUGUGGAGUUCACUUCAACACUAAAAGAGUGUUCAAAGUUGCCUUCUUUUCAACAUGCAUUUGUAUUGGACGAAUACAAAAAGGCAGAAUACCAAGAGGGAGAUGUGAUUUACUUCUGCUGUGAUCCUGGGUUCACGACUGGCCUGAACACCACCUACAUCUGCACAGAGCACGGCUGGAGAGCUGCCACCAUCGGCCAGUGCAUCGAGGACUCUUUUCCUGUGCUUCUGGGCUGCACUCCCCCUCCACCUGUCACCAACGGAUAUGUGCUGCAAAAUACAACUUUAAUGUACGGAAAUGGACAGAUUGCCAGAUACCAGUGUAAUAGUCGCUACAAGCUGAGAGGAGGAUCCUUUAAAAUCUGCAACAAUGGACAAUGGACAGGUGACGUCCAGUGCAUUGGUGCAAGUCACAGAGCUUUAACAUGUAAAGUGGACAGUUACCCACCGGUGGGCACUACUUACCGUCCUCAGGGAAAAAAUAUUUUUAUCCCUGGACAAACAUUGAGCGUCUCAUGUGGAGAUAACAAGUGGGUGAAGAGGCCUGAGCUUCAGUCAGCUCAACUCAUGUGUCAAGACACCGGGAACUGGGACUUUCCCCCUGUGUGCAAACGGCAGCCAUGAUGAUUACUCACUGAGGACCCCCGUGUCCACAUGGCCAUCGUCUCACUCUCAUCUGCAGCACUGGAGCAAAGGAAAGAUUCUCAGUGUCCGUCUGGAGAGUGGACAGAGUUUACAUGCUCUAUAUAAAGACACAUCGCUUUUUUUCUCACUGACUGACCUGAAAUCAGACUAUACUUUUCCUGUAUUAAGUCAAUUAGGAUUACCAAAAUUAUUUAUUUUUGUUAAAUGCCAGAAUACUGAGAGGAGGAUUUUUUACGCAAUUUUUCAUGACUUCAAAAUCAGAUGUUUACAUAGAGUAAGAUACUAUGCAUUUAAAUGACUUGGUAAAACCCAGAUGAUGAUGUCAUGUCUUUUGAAGCUUCUGAUUGGUUUAUUGACAACAUUUGAGUUAAUUAGAGACACACCUGAAACACACUGCUUCUUUGUGUAACGUCAUGGGAAAGUCAAAAGAAAUCACCCAAGAAAUCAGGAAGAGAACUGUGGACUUGCACAAGUUUGGUUCAUCCUUGGUGCAGUUUGCAGAUGCUGAAGGUUCCACGUUCAUCUGUUCAAACUAUUAUACACAAAUAUAAACAGUAAACUUCUGACUUUAAAGAAAGUCGUCAAAAAAUUGUUUAAAAAAAAAAAUCCUCUCAUUAUUCUGGCAUUUACCAAAUAGAAAUAAUUUUGGUAAUCCUAAUCGACUUAAAACCAGAAAAACAAUCUGAUUUUUAGUCUGAUUUCAUGUCAGACAGUGAGAAAAAAAGCAUGUUUUUAUAUUGUGUUUGUAAACUUCUGCUUUCAACUGUAUGUGCACUCAUGUAGGACUGGGUUAUAUCCAAACAAUUAUUAUUUUUUUUAAUCUUCAAUUCGAUAUAUUGCUGGUUUUCAGAUUGUAGAAUGUGUCAUAUUUUCAGAUGGGACACGAGCCACUUUUUUCCAUUACAUUGUACUUUACCAUGAAAUAUCCACAGUUGUUGAACCUGAUUAUUUCUAUUAGUGACUAAACCCAAGAACUCGCCGAAUUACAACACAAAUCUGCAUGUUAACAACAGUCAUUUUAGAUUUUCGCUGCCUCCAUCUGCAUUAAAUAUUAUUGUCCUAUAAAAUGUUGUGAUGUCGUCUGAAACACGGCAAUGUAAUAAAUACAAAUAAAAUCACUGCAAAAAGUGCAUUUUCACCCUGUUUGACACACAUUUUUAUGAUUCAUCACUACUGUAUUUACAAAGAAUAUACUGACACAUGUAUAAAGCCAUAAUGCUCCUUC